UUGGAUGAGGGGUGAGAAGGCGGGACUUCCGGCGGCGCAGGUUGGAGUAGAGUGACAGACUUCACGUCCAUAAAAGUGGAAGAUAAAGCGAAGGACGACGCGCCAGAGGUUUUAACACAAUUGUGAUGAUUUUCAGACAUGGACGACAUAAACCUUCACUAUCGCUUUCUGAACUGGAGGAGGCGAAUCCGAGAAAUCCGUGAGGUGCGAGCAGUGCGAUAUCGGGAGCGGCUCAAGAGGAUGCUGAGAGACGGAGACGUACUCAGGUAUCAUGGGAAUUCAGAUGAAGUUGGCUGUUUCGUGGCUGGCCGGCCGUUGUCAAGAAGAAAUCGCUAUUUUGAAGUGACAAUCAUGGAUACAGGAGUGAGGGGGAUGAUCGCUGUGGGUUUGGUGCCUCAGCUCUACAAACUGGACCACCAGCCGGGCUGGCUCCCACAUUCUGUGGCUUUCCAUGCUGAUGAUGGCAAGCUGUACAAUGGCAACACUGUUGGGCAGCAGUUUGGUCCAAAGGGCUGCAGAGGUGACAGAAUCGGCUGUGGAAUAUCCAUGGACUCAGAUGAUGGACAACUGACUGUGUUUUUUACCAAGAAUGGUAAAGAAGUCGGUAGUGUGGAAAUCCCAGCAUCGCCUGAAGCUCUGUACCCCGCUGUGGGAAUGCACUCUUUGGGGGAGGAGGUGCUGCUGGACCUGAAUGCUGAGUGGGGGAUGGAGGAGGAUGAUGGACAGAUGAUUGUGGACAGUCAUGAAGAGGACUGGGGCCGUCUCCAUGAUGUCAAGGUGACCGGCACGCUGCUGGAGUACAUGGGGAAGGGGAAGAGCAUUGUGGACGUGGGCUUGGCUCAGGCACGUCGGCCUCUCAACACACGCUUCCACUACUAUGAGCUGGAGAUCACAGAUGAUGGAGAGAAGUGUUACAUCGCCCUGGGUCUGGCACGCAGGGACUACCCUAAGAACAGACAUCCGGGUUGGAGCAGAGGGUCAAUAGCUUAUCAUGCAGAUGAUGGAAAGUUGUUCCAGGGCAGCGGGGUUGGGGAUGCCUUUGGACCGCGCUGUUUUGAAGGGGAUAUUAUGGGCUGUGGGAUCAUGUUUCCACGUGACUUCAACCCUGGUUUGGGAGAUGACGCAGAGGACUGGGACUUCGACGUGUUUCCCAAACCCUGUGAGGUGCAGAAUGACUUGUACGCAAACAACGAAGAUGAGGAGGAGGAGGAGGACGAGGGAGAGGAUUUGGAGGGGAGGAAGGUCACAGUGUUCUUCACCAGAAAUGGAAAGGUGGUGGGCCGGAGAGAAGUGGCCUUGCCGUUUGGAGGCUUCUACCCGACGAUUGGCAUGAUGAGCACUGGGGAGAAGGUCAAAGUGGACCUGCACCCCCUCAGUGGCUGAGCCGAGGGGGCAAAUGAAAACGGUGAAGUGGUGAAAUCAGAGCUCAGGUACAUUUUGGAGAAUGAACAAUAAAUAAUACCUCCGCAUCCGCAAAGGCUCCAAGAUGUUACUUGAAAACUCACUCCAGUGUUGAAGGUCACUGUGGCUCCCUGGUGCUGUAAGAAUUAUUUAACAUGCUGGUAGAAUUGUUUUUAAAUCAGGAAUUAUCAAAAAUAAUGUAUGUUAAUAUGACAUGUGCCUAAAAAUCGUUUUAUAAUGAAAUUAUUUUAUACUGAAUGAAAUUGUUUCGUCAUAGGUUUUAAAGGGUAAAACACUAUUUUUGACAAUUUAAAUCUCUAACAAAAUGCCAAAAAGGGUCUCGCCAGAGUAUUGAAUGUAAAAAUCCGAACAGAGCAGGCUCCAGUUAACAAAUCAACCCCAUCUGUCCUCAUAAAAGAAGCGUUGUCAGCAAUAAUGAAUGUCGGCAGACACGUAGCCCCACACUCGCACUCUGCAGCCAGACUGUGCUGAUUACCAGAGGUCUGAUGGGUUUCUUCCCAUUGACGGUGUAUUACUGACACUCAGUGGUGAGAAAAAUCAUGUUCUUCCAAAGAAACCGUUGUGCACUGAAUGAACAGCGAGUUCACUCUCUGUAAAACUAGCUGCUUGAUCGCUGUCGUCCUGUAUGAGUGUGGGUGGAGUUACUGCUGCAUAUUUAUCAGCAAAUGUGCAAGUCACUUGUAUUGAGCACUGUGGGAUAAUUGGGGUUCAAUAACAAUUUGUUGAAACUCAAUCCAAAUUAUAAUUAUGACCUUUCAUUAUGAUAUUGAAAUAUCUGUUUUGUUUCUAACUCAAGGUUGGUUUGAUGAUCAUGACUGGGUCACUUUAAUCGGGUACAACUUUAGUGUUUAAUUGUACUGUUACAGGCAAUGUACCGUCAUUUGAUACAUAUACAGAUAAUAUUUGUCAUAAACAUCUGCACCUAAAAGAUGAUACAUCAAAACCAGAACCCUGUCAAAAAAACCAAAACACAUAUCUAAGGCUCUCCAUGAUUUUUGAAUAUGAACAUUCUUAUUUAACCUAAACCCAAACAAAAAAAACCCAAAUAAUUAGGGCUGGACAAUAUGGACAAACUAAAAAAGAAAAAAGCCAAUAUCAAUAAUUACCUUUUUUUUUUUUAUCAGAGGCAGAUCAGUUAUGGUAUUAGACUUCCUCACCGUGCUUGGACAAUGCUAUCUAUCAAUCAUAGUGAUGCUGCUUUUUCUUUAUGAGAAGCUCGUAUCUUUUUGAGGUUUGGAGCAUUUUUCAAAUUGAGCCCCACAGAAAAGACACUUUGUAGAUGUGUAUGGUAUUAGAUGUGUUGUCUGUGGAUCAUUCGUGUAUUUUGGAGGAAAUAGAUACCAACUGUCACAAAAAGGGAAAAUCAUCAAGGGCAAGAGUAUCAAAUCCUGUCAGGACAAGAACAAUUAAUGACCACACGUGCUAUAGUUAAAAAUGUCUGAGUAGUUAGAAUAUUCAAUCAAAGGUCUGAAUGUUGAAAAUGAAGCCUUAACUAAGAUUUGCUGCUCUUGAUAUUAGAAAAUGAACCAAUGACCUUGUCUUUUCUAAGAUCAUGUUGUGAUUGUUGUUUUAGCCAUUGUUGGUAACAAACUGUUAUUUACCUGUAAAGCUUUUUUUUUUUACGAUUUUAGGAGUUUCCAUUUUCCCCAUGUUUGUGUCAAUCGUAAACAAUGGCAAAGUUAAAUGAAUAAAAAAAGCUUUUGUUUUGUGAUGCCAAAUUUUGCACACAAUGCUGCUUUGGCAUGAACUCAGACGACACUUGCAUCAGGUUUCCCUGCAGAUCUCUGUGUGUUGGAAGUUUUUCGUUUUUCGUCCAAAUAAGACAAUCGCUGGCGACAGCUGUGACUUAAAUUUUUUACUGUGAUACUGUUUAUUAAUGUUUCAGUUUAUUUUAGAUCUGCAUAAACGGUUAUUACUGUGCACGUCAUCAAGAUACUAAGGGCACUUUACAGUAGAAUACUGAUUUGCUGAACUUCAAAUGUAAAAAAAAAACUAACAAAUGACCUGUGUGAAAACGAUCGAGUGCGGAUCCUUUAUUAAAUGAAACCCUUGCAGUGGGAUCCAGGAAGGUGAUGGAAGUGCCCAUUCGACAUGUCCAUAAACUGCCGGUCACUAAAAAGGUCUAAAAUAACAACUUCUUGGCUCCAAUAUUCAUUUGAAUAAGGUUGAUUGAAAUGUUGCUGUGUUGCAAAAAGCUUCGGUUCUUCCACGUUUCAUCAUUUUGCUGAUCACACUGUGUGUUAAUCAUCUGGUUCACAGGAGCAAAUAAAGGUCCUUUGCUGCUGUUGCCUGUCUGCGACAUGUUUGUGUAUAUAUAUAUAUAUAUAUAUUUUUUUUUUUAAUUUGGUGAAAUCAAUCUUCAAUCAAGUUAAACAUGAUCAUGGUGUUUUAGUACCUUCCCAUCCUGCCUGUGAAUCCACUCUGUUCCUCUUCUAUGGUUUUGAAUCCUGUUGACUUUCCUCUCAUCCAUUCUCUUUACACUUGAAGCAAUAAGACAGAUAUGCCAAAAAUAAUUAAAAGAAUGUUCACACUCACUGCA